AUGAAGUACACACCUGUUUCCGUUCUUCUUCUCGCAGGUCUGAGCGACGCUCGACCCAGGCCCCAGUUCAGCAUCCCGGGCUUCAGCAUACCUUCCUUUUCUCUGCCCACCAGUUUGCCGACUGGAGGCUUCGGCUUGGGCUCUGGAUCAACCGGUCUCGGGUCCGGAUUCAGCAUUCCUUCCUUUGGAAGUCUUCCUGCUGCUACAGGCGCGGCCUCCAACGUGGAGGCGACUGCGACUGCGACUGCUACCCCGACGAGUGCUGCAGCUCAGCCCACUUCAACUGGAUCAUCCGGUGGAAGCGGAACAGUAGGCAGCAACUGUACUCCUCAGGCUGGCAGCAGUGGUGGACUCGGUGGCACUGAGAAUGGUGUCACGGACAAAAACUGCUGUACCGGUCUGACCGUCAUCUUUGCUCGCGGAACGAGCGAGAUGGGCAAUGUCGGCACUAUAUCCGGACCGCCGAUGUUCAAGAGUUUGAGGUCGAAGUUGGGAGAUGGCAACGUCACGAUCCAGGGUGUUGACUAUCCCGCGGACGCUGCUGGAAAUGCAAACUUGGGCGCCUCAGGUGGUCCUACGAUGGCCAAACUCGUCCAAACCGCCAAGUCGCAGUGCCCUGACAGCAAGAUCAUUGUAUCCGGCUACUCCCAAGGUGCCAUGGUGGUCCACAACGCGUUCAGCCAAGGCAUCUCUGCCUCUGAUGUCACUGGUGCUAUCAUGUUUGGUGACCCACUGAAGACUCAGAGCAUUAGCGGUCUGAGCACAGACAAGAUCAAGGAGUUCUGCGCAACGGCGGAUAGCAUUUGCGGUACUGGAGAUAACCCCCAGGGCAGCCAUCUCAGCUACGGAGAUGUCGCCGAGGAGGCUGCAGACUGGGUUGUCCAGGCGGCUGGCUUGUCUUGA